CUAUCUGAGCAAUAAAAUCCCUAACCCUCCCAGUCUCCCAGUCUCAGUUCUCUCUCUCUUCAAGUUUCGGCGAGAAAGGUAUAUAAAGCGAGGGAUGGCGAGUACUGCUACUACGAGCGAUCCAGAGCACAAUACCAAAGACAGAGACGAGGAAGCGAACGCACCAGCCGCCGAUGAUGAGGACACCGGAGCUCAGGUUGCCCCCAUCGUCAAGCUAGAAGAGGUCGCUGUUACUACCGGCGAGGAGGAGGAAGAUCCCAUCCUCGAUCUGAAAGCGAAGCUGUAUAGAUUUGAUAAGGAAGGGAAUCAGUGGAAGGAGAGAGGAGUUGGAAAUGUGAAGCUGCUGAAGCACAAGGAAUCUGGCAAGGUUCGCCUUGUCAUGCGCCAAUCUAAGACUCUCAAGAUCUGCGCUAAUCAUCUAGUUGGGCCUUCAAUCAAUGUCCAAGAGCAUCAUGGAAAUGAUAAAUCAUGUGUGUGGCAUGCUGCUGAUUUUGCUGAUGGGGAAUUGAAGGAUGAGCUCUUCUGUAUCAGAUUUGCUUCUGUUGAGAAUUGCAAAACCUUCAUGGAGACGGUCCAAGAGGUGGCUGAAACUCAAGGUAAAAAAGAAGAAAGUAAAGAGGCUGCAGAUGCUGCUGGAUUACUUGAGAAGUUGAGCGUUGUGGAUGGUAAAACCGAGGGGAAAGAAAAGGAAGAGGCACCUGUUGAAGCGAAGGAGCGCAGUGAAGCUGAAGGUGAAAAAGCAAAAGCAGAGGCAAAAAAAGAAGAUGAACCAGCAUCAUCAGCAUAGACAUGAAAGGAUCUUAGUCCGUUUUGAUGCAGUUUGCUAUCAGCAUAGACUUGGUUUCCUUAUUCCGUUCUGAUGGAGGUUUCUAUCAUCAUAGUCUUUUGGUUUUGAGUGUUUAGUGGAUGCUAUUUUUCCCACAGGUUUGGGAUUGUUGGUAUACUUACCCGGUUUAUCAAAUUGUUUUGGAACCGGUGGAUGGCUUUGAUUUCUAUUUCGGUCAUUUUGGGGUUGUAAUUCAUCAGUGUCAGUCUUGGAUCCUAGUUCUUGGUAAAAAUUAGGGCAAGUAUAGCAUGGGAGAGUGCUUGCAAGGUUGACAAUUUAAACUUUUAUCUUUCUUUC